CUAUAUAAAAAAGCUUCACGUUCCGCACCAGCGCACAAAGAUUGCGCGGUCAAAAUGAAAUAAACAAAACCAGGAAAACAUGGUGUAUUUACAAUUAUAAACGAAUUAAAGUAUCAUAAGUUUUAAUAACACUUCAAGUACUACAUCAAGUUCAGGUUGUUUUCAAAGCAUGCACCGGAAUAACCACAGAUGAAAGGUGCGAUACAGAAAUACUUCGCUCCUUGUAAUAAUAACUCUCAAGUCACGAAACAUAAAAGAUCCCGAAGUAAUGACGUCAUUGAAAUAUCGUCCGAUGACGAUUUCAAACCAAAAAUUGAAAAACGUAAACGCAAGUUGCGUAAAUCUGAUGGAAAACAGACAAAAAGCCCCAAAUUAAAGAAUGGACAUUCUAGUGCUGCUGCCAAAAAAACUACAAUUAAAACACCAAGUUUACUAGAUCAUGGGGUUACAUCUAACAAGGAUAUAGUGGAAUUGGUAAAGACAGAAGUAAUUGACCUUGACUUGGAGCCUGAAACUUCACCCAAAAAGGGUGAAAAUGUUUCCAAACCUUUCAAAACUAUAAAGCAAGGCAAACUGCAGAGUGAAGAUUGUAAAAGUGUCGAAGGUGCUUCUAUUACUGCACAAAAAAACUUUUUAAAAAUGAAUCUAUCUCAAAAAAGUCAAUCUAAAACUGACAAUAAAAAACUUGGUGAUAACACAGGGCAAAAAGUUGGGGAUUUAAGUAACAAUACAGAGAAAGUUGGUGGAAAGGAAAGUGUUGGGAAGAGAGCUUAUUACCUUGAAAACUUUGAGAUGGUUGUGAAUAGCGUUCAACAAAACAGGGAUGAUUGGAGAUUAUUUGAAGGCGAAGACCAGAGUUGUGUCAAUAUGUUUCAACAACUGCAUGUGAAUGCAAGGAAACUUUAUGUCAGAUUGUUCAAUAGGAAAUAUGCAUGGUUGCCUAUUAAUAAGAUAUCGUACCCCGAGAUCUCACCCAACCCAUGCCCUUAUUUGGAAAUGUUAGCUUCUCAUGACUUUCUCCAGUCGAGCAUGAACGAAAUAUUAUCCUUGCAGGAAAUCCUGGGUUUAUUAUCUGCCCCUGAUGUUAAAGUAUUGGCAAAGUCAUUCAGACUUUCGGUCCAGGGACCAAAGCCUAAGAUUUGCGAUGCUAUUGAAUCAAUGUGUAAGAAACAGAAAAGUGUCUUCACAACAUCUAGUGGCCAACUAACAUCAACUGUUACGAAACAAGCGUUAAGUUUACUUGGGACGUGUUACAGGAUAAAUAGAAAUGUAAAGAAAGUAUUCAACAGACUUCUUCUUGUGUUUGACGUCACCAAGGGAACAGAGGACGACACUGACUUCACAAUAUCCAUACAUUCAAGUAAUAACCUCCAACAUAGAAAACAUCAACAAUUAUCAGCUGUGCUUAUGGAAGGAAUGGGAAGGGUUGCAUAUCCACGAUACGAGGUGAACCGACCCACCCCUAUAUUUGGAAACAGGGAUGAAUUAUUGGAGUACGAGAUUGCUUACCAGUUUCUUAUCGAUGCAAUAUCUGCGUCUGAUGUUUCUCAGUGGAAGGUAGCGGAUGACGUUUGUACACAAGCUACUGAACGCACUCCACCUACCCCAUGUAACAAACAACUACCAGUAUUCCUGAGAUGUUUCACUGCGCAAGCUGUUUAUGUUAAGGUACAAUCACUACAUGUAAGUUUAUUGUAUUGAGUUUUACAACUUUUG